ACGCAUGCGCGCUCCUGUUGCUGUCGAAAGCGCCUGCCCGUAGCUGUAAUGGCAGCUGCUCGCGGGAGGCUCCCGCCUCUGCUUGGCCUGCGAUGCAGGAACCUUUCUUUCUCGGUUGGACACCUCAAGUCUAAAGAUGGAGAACCAGCAAAAUUUAAGCCACCUCCAAAGCCAGUCAUUGUUGAUGAAUCAAAAACCCAAACAACAGACACACGAUUCUUGAGUCCUGAAUUCAUCCCUCCUCGGCAGAGAACAAAUCCUUUCAAGUUCUACCUUGAAAGAUGUGACAUGAUACAGAGGAGAAAAGUAAUGAAUAUUCCGGAGUUCUAUGUUGGAAGUAUACUUGCUGUUUCUGCUGCAGAUCCCCAUGCUAGUGGGAAAAGCAGCACUUUUGUAGGACUUUGUAUUCAGCGAUCAGGAAAAGGACUUGGUGCAACCUUCAUACUUCGCAAUAUAAUAGAAGGACAAGGUAUUGAAAUUUGCUAUGAACUAUACAAUCCUCUAAUCCAAGAGAUCAAGGUUCUGAAACUGGAGAAAAGAUUGGAUGAUAACCUGAUGUAUUUACGAGAUGCCCUUCCAGAGUACAGCACUGUUGAUGUUAACAUGAAGGCUGUCCCACUUUCAGCUACGGAAGAAGUUCCUGUCAACAAGAUGAAAGUCCGAAUGAAACCGAAACCAUGGUCAAAACGCUGGGAACAUCCAAAAUUCAAUAUCCAGGGCAUUAAUUUUGACUUGUAUCUUAAUGAAAGACACAAAGCGAAAGUAGAAAAAUGGCAAAUGCCUUGGCGUGAAUUUGAUAUGCUGAAAAAGUAUGAUACAGUAGAAAUUGAGAAGAACAUCUGGGAGGAAGUGAAUGAAGAGCUGAAAAAAAAGGUAUAGAAAUUGUGGGAAACUACAUGUAAAGACUACCUCCAUUAAUUUUAGCAUUUUUUAUGUUGAAUAAUAAGCACCCGUAUGAACAUUUUCAAACUGUUA